AUGGCCGACAGUCAAAUACCACACCUCAAGGCGCUUCUUGGGGGUCGACGCGGAGGCCUCUCACGAGGCAGAGGCAGAGGGCGAGGAAGAGGAGGUUUCGGAGCUUCCCAUGGCGAACACGAAGCUAUCGUGGAUGAUGCGGUGCGUGGGACGGAUCAAGAUGCCGCGGGCUCGAGGGUGAGCUGUGUGGAGCUUGGGUAUUUGGACGAUCCGUAUGCGAAGCUGUUCGCGACGCGACCCUCGACACGGAGGCUCCCUCUUCUAAAUAGAGGCAGUUACGUCCGCACCUCUGCCAUCGACCUGCUCAUCGACCGAUUCCUCACCACCUCCCCCUCCUCUCCCAAACAGAUAAUAUCCCUCGGUGCAGGCACCGACACGCGCUACUUUCGUCUGCGAGACAAGUACCCCAACACGCAUAUCCUAUACCACGAGAUCGACUUCCCCAUGAACACCGCAGCGAAGCUCAUCUCAAUACACCAACAUGCCCAAUUACAUACCAAGCUCACCGAGUCAACCUUUAACAUAGUGCCGACCCAAACAUCUUACUACGCACCGUCGUAUAAUCUCCAUUCCUUCGACCUUCGUGCGCUGGCGACUUCCACGGCCGAAACUCCUCCGCCCCAUCUCCCUAACCUCGACCGGUCGAUACCGACGCUGAUCCUCUCCGAAAUGUGUCUUGUAUACCUCCCAGUUACCACCGUCUCCGCAAUAAUGUCUACCUUCCUUAACCACUAUCUGUCCCCAUCUACACCCGCCUCCCUCAUUCUCUACGAACCCAUCCUCCCGCAAGACGCAUUCGGCCGAACUAUGAUAUCUAAUCUAGCAACACGAAACAUACACUUGCCAACUUUGCACGCUUACCCGGAACUCGGCGAUCAGCGUGCGCGGCUGAGGCAGUACGGAUUGACGGAUGGAUCUAGAGCUGCAGAUAACCAUUUCAUAUGGAAGGAGUGGGUGAGCGAGGGGGAGAAAGAGAGGGUUGCGGGCCUGGAGAUGCUCGAUGAGCUUGAAGAGCUGGACCUGCUGCUGAGGCAUUAUUGUGUUGCUUGGGGCUGGAGGGAUGGUGGUGCAAAUGGUGUCUUCUCGACAGCUUGGAGAGAUGUUGGCGAGCAGGAUGGUGGUUAGGCGCCGGGUAUCCUACACCGUCGAAGACAGACAGGACCAGGAUUCCCUUGGCAGAUGGUUGUUAUUAUUGAUUCCCCGUAUCCUCUAGUGCAGUGGUGAGGUUGCAACCCCGUUAGCCUCUUUAGAUGAUGUAUGAGCGUGAACCCAAAUGGAACAAACCCAGAAGGGUAUUAUCCAGAAGAUACCAAUCGCACCGCUGCAAUACUAGCAGCCUUUCUCAGGAUAGUAUCCU